UUGUAUCAUGUUUCUACCAGACUUUUACUGGCCCUUAAUAGGUUUUCUUAUUUUGGCCGGUUUUGGGUCUGCCUGCGAAUACUCACCAGGCAUAUGUGGGGCCUGGGCAGAUGGGGAUAUACGGAUAGGAGUGCUCAGUUCCUGCCAUUCUAAAGUUCAGACACUACAUGUGCGAGAACGUCCCGAAAAAUACAACUGCACACAAUUAAAUCUCAUUUCGCUUGUAAGGACUCUAGCUGUCGUGCAUACUAUUGAAACGAUCAAUAACUCCAGCUUCCUCCCCGGUGUGCGACUGGGCUACUACAUCUGUGACACUUGCUCUGAUGCAUCAAAGGCCAUUCAGAGCACCGAGCAGCUUCUCGCUGUGAAUGGCACACUGACUGUCCAAUGUGAGGUGCUUGAAAGGCCUAACGUAAAAGCAAUCAUUGGAGCACGUUUCUCAGAAGACUCUCUGGCAGUGGCUCGGCUUCUGAGUCUAUACAUGGUCCCACAGAUAAGCACAACAUCAUCUGCACAAACGCUUAGUGAUAGGGUGCGAUACCCAGCAUUCCUGCGCACAAUGCCCAGUGAUGUUCACCAAACCAAAGCUCUGGUUAAUUUCAUGAAACACUUUCACUGGGACUGGGUUGGCGUAGUCUGUGGGGAUGAUGACUAUGGGAAAAAUGCCUUACAAAGUUUCUUAGCUGAUUCAGAAGCUGCAGAUAUCUGUCAUGCUUUCAAAGAAGUAUUGCCUCAUUACCUAGCACACAAUGAAAUCGACAAAAGGAUCCAAGAGGUGGCAGAAACAAUCCGCUUAUCUGAAGCUAAAGUUGUGGUCCUUAUCUUAAAGGAAGAGCUGGUCUCUAAACUGUUCAAGGAGAUGAUUCAGCAGAACAUCUCGCGUACUUGGAUUGCAAGUGAUGCUUGGUCAAUGUCACGAAAUAUAUCUCAAAUGGAGGGAAUCAACCAAGUAGGUGACAUUUUUGGGUUCACUUUCAUCACUGGUCCCAAUCCCGGUUUUAAGGAGUUUUUGCAGCAGCUGACUCUUUCUCCUGGCUCUGUAAACCUCUUUCUUGAAGAGUAUAAGCAGUUAGGGAAAGAUGCUGGUUUUCUAACAGAAGCUGUCGACAUCAGCAUGACCUACGGCGAAAGGUUAGCUGUAUGGUCCAUUGCUCAUGCUUUGAAACAUCUUCUAAACUGCAAUGAAACUGAUUGCCCUGGAGAACGGGAUUUUCCACCAUGGAAGCUCCUCAAGGAACUGAAAAAGAUAAAUUUUACUAUGGAAAAUCAAACGUUCUAUUUUAAUGCAUCUGGAAAUUUCAUGAACGGAUACGAUCUAAUAAACUGGCAACCACAAGAAGCAAGUGUCAUGAAACAGGCAGGGGGAACCCUAUGUUUUGUAAUGAUGGUAGGGUUAGCACUCAGCUAUACAAGUGUCAUAUUGUUCAUUGGCAAACCCAAUGUUCACAUUUGCAGGGGUCGACAGAUCUUGUAUGCCUUAGGGUUCUCUCUCACAGUUUCAUGUAUUUUGGUUAAAGCUCUACGCACCUUUGUAUCCUUUCUUCCGCUGUAUCGCCAGGAGCACGCUAAAAGGUUUUACAAGCCCCCUGUCAUCAUAACCUGUGGUACUCUCAUUCAAGUCCUCAUCUGCAUCUUGUGGUUGAUAUUUGAUUCUCCAGCUGUAGAGGCGUUUAAAUCUGACCAAAGCUUGAUAAUUACCGUACAGUGCAAUGAAGGUUCUGGAAUUGGAUUUGGCAUCAUGCUUUGCUAUAUUGCAGUGCUAGCAUUUGUCUGCUUUUUGAUGGCCUUCAAAGGGAGAAAGGUACCUCAGGCUUUCAAUGAGACUGGACACAUCAUCCUAAGCAUGCUAAUUUAUCUUUUUGUGUGGGUCUGUUUCACCCCUGUAUACAUUUCUAAGGUCAAUGAGCGCUAUUCAAUUCAAGCAGCUGCCAUCUUGGUGUCAUGUUAUGGAGUUAUUUUAUGUCACUUUGCACCUAAAUGGUACAUGGCUCUCUGCAAGAAGAAAGAACAGCUUACUCGAGAGGCAUAUAUUGCAAGAGCCAAUAAUCACAUCGACUCAGUUGACUUGAUCCCAGAGAUAACACUGGAACCUGAAUUCCCUUACCAGACAUUACGGAAAAGAACUAGGAGCAAAUCCAUUUGA